UUUUUUUUUUAGAUUGACAAUUUUUUUAGUUUGGGGAGAUAACCAAAAAAGUACCAAAACAAGCAGACCCUGUACCAAAAUUUGAAACCGAUAUUUUGCACAUGUCAGUUCAGUUGUGAGCGACUUGAAAAAAAAAACCCGAAAACUUGAAAAGUUCUAAGUAGAUAAAUGUUUGGUAAACUCAAGCAAAUUAACGUGAAAAGAAAACGUUUAUGUUUAGAAGAGGGGAAGAAUUAAGACUUGUCAUUCGUUAUACAGUGAUGCCGCGGUGUUAGUGGAAAUGUUUAAAAAGGUGAAAUCAUUUGGAAAUGCCUCAUCCAAUGCCUUUGAGUAAAGGUGUUUUAUCUCGGAGCAAAUUUGAAUCACAACUUAAAAGCAUUUCAAUACAACGGGCAGAAGAUGAGGAAAAAAUCAGAAAAGAACGAAUGAAGACAGAGAAAUUAAUUGGCCAGCUGAAAGCAGCUGAAGCUAGAGGUCGACUACGUGUAAUGCGGAUUAGUUUCCAAUCAGCGAAGACAAAUGAAAUUAAUCACCUCAUUGCUUGUCAAAAAAGUGCCCUGAAAGCGGUCAGGCUGCAAGCCCUGGUACCUCCAAAGAAAACCAAAGAAAACAUGAAAGAUCUUUUGAGCAAAGUCGAUAGAGACAGAGUUGAACUUUUACUAAAUGAUUAUGAAGGUUUGCUAACCAAUCGCACAAUCUAACGGGGGAGAACCAAACAAAGCUAAGCCAUAUUUUAAACAUCCAGUACCAAUUAAAAAUAACAACAUAAAAAUAUAUAUAAAUGUGA